AUGUGUCAUGUCUGCAGACAGCCUUUGUUGAGGUCUCUUGCUAGAAAUGUGUGUUUUGCAGCGAAGACUGUCUGUCCCUGUGAGAGGAGACCUGUAGUUGUUCAGGACUGCCCAUGCCUUGGUGAGCAGGUCUGUCUAAUUCUGGGUUUGAUACUAGGUGGCUGUUGUUGGCACAAACCUAAAUCAUAUCCUUUCACCUGGACUUUUUCAGCAAUAAAUCUGACUUUUAAAUCUCUGCAUGACAUUGUCUAUCAAGUGGUUCAGAAGUCAGAAAGGGAAAAUGGGUGUUACUUUAUGAGUCCCUCAUAA